AUGUCCGACCUCAAUCCCAAACCCACCAAACCAGACUACCAAAUCCUCCCCGCAACACAGUCCGACUGCGCCGCAAUCGCGAAAGUCGAGGCCCUCUCCAACUUCCACGCCUCCAACACAGCCCCCCGCUGCAACCCGGCGCAAGUCAUCUUCCCACCCCCCGACGAUGUCUCUUCGCGCACGAAAGACCUGUCCGAUAAAACACAGAACGACCCGAGCAUGAAAAUGUGGAAAGUCGUCGUGACGGACCAGGCCGACGGCCAGGAGAAAAUCGUUUCGCUGGCCAUUUGGCAUUUCUAUCCGGAGCCCAAGGUCGUGGAUGAGUGGAAAGAUAUUGAAUGGCCGGCGAAUGCGCAGGGCGAGGCUUGUAAUGCGUUCAUUCGUGGGAUGGCGGCGUUGAGAAAGAAGCAUAUGUCUGGGAAGAUGUUUGGGCAUCUCCAGGUUCUCGCUACUUUACCAGAGUAUCGCGGCUUCGGGAUGGGGUCGGCUCUCGUCAAGAUUGGCCUUGACGAGGGCAUGAAGAUGGGUCUGAAACUUUUCUGGCUCGAAGCUUCUGCUGAUGGAUACCCGCUUUAUCAGAAGUUUGGGUUUGAGGUAGUGGAGUCCGACAGCUUUGACUUGACGAAAUAUGGUGGCGAUGGACCGGUGCAGGUGAGGGUGAUGCAAAAGGUCGUCGAUGCGAGUGCUUGA